UGUCUGUAUGAAGAAUGUUGUGUUAGCCGUUAAUAACUUUUGAGUUUCCAAUCUCCAAUCUCCAAUCUCCAUCCAAGUCAUUUUCAUUCAUUAUUCAAAACCCUAAUAAACAAUUCCUCCACCACCCUACCAUACUCAUUGACCUUCUCUUCUCCAUUGUUUCCUUCGCCUUGCUACACACGUUUUCCCAUCAUUUUCCACUCUUUUUCCUCUCUUUUUUUUCUACUUACACAUUAACACUAUGUUUCUCCAUUCCCAAUGAUGGAUCAUUCUCCCACUAUCUCCUCUUCCUCUUCUGACUUCGCUUCCAUACCCACCACCGAUCAGAAUGCGGCCCGGAGUAUGAGAAGUGGCGACGGGAGUGAAAUUGUGACCGCGGACCAAUCGCGGCGGUGGCAUGAUGUUUUUUGGUUAGGAAUAUUUGUGAUCCAUUUGAUUGCGUUAGGAUUCCUUCUAGGUGUUCUUGGCCUAAAUAGGUUUGAGAAAGAGAAUAGACUUAACAUUGAUAGGUACACCCCUGGUCUUUCUGGGAAUGCAGCCGCCGGGUUAACCGAGACUUACUGGCCGCUCUAUGCCGUUGCUGGUGGAAUUGGGACUGUUCUUGGAUGGAGUUGGAUGUUGUUGUUGGGUUCUCGGGCUACUCAAAUGAUGAAGGUGUCCGUUCACAUCCUUACCACAUAUCUGGCUGUUAUCAGUGUUUUGUGUUUCUGGACUGAGCAGUUUUUCUGGGGGGUUGCUUUUGCUAUUGGUGCUGCUCUUCAGUUCUUGUAUGUUAUAUCCGUCAUAGACAGACUUCCAUUUACGAUGUUGGUUCUGCAAAAAGCUGUGAAGAUGGUUUGGAAUCUUCCUGAGGUUAUGAGAGUGUCAUAUGCAUUUAUGUUUGUUGUGCUUUUAUGGAUGGUCUUAUGGUCAUUUGGAGCAGCAGGUGUUGUGGCUUCGAACCUUAGUGACGGGGGACGCUGGUGGCUUCUUGUGGUUUUCUCUGUAAGCUUAUUUUGGACAGGUGCAGUGCUCUGUAAUACUGUGCAUGUUAUAGUGUCUGGGAUGGUGUUUCUUGUUCUUUCCCAUGGUGGUAGAGAGGCAGCUUCAAUUCCUGCCAACUCCUUAAUGAAAUCUUUACAAUAUGCCUUAACAACGUCUUUUGGUAGCAUUUGUUAUGGCUCAUUAUUCACCGCUGCUAUUAGAACACUGCGAUGGGAGAUACGUGGACUUCGAUCAAAGAUUGGCAACAAUGAGUGUUUGCUUUGUUGCGUUGAUUUUCUUUUCCAUCUUGUGGAGACUCUUGUUCGAUUUUUUAACAAGUAUGCCUAUGUUCAGAUUGCUGUUAAUGGUAAAAGCUUUAACCAUUCGGCUAGAGAUGCAUGGGAGUUAUUCCAGUCAACUGGGGUUGAGGCACUCGUGGCGUAUGAUUGUUCGGGUGCCGUCCUGCUAAUGGGCACCAUUUUCGGCGGAUUGAUAACUGGAACUUGCUCUGGUGUAUGGGCAUGGAUUAAAUGGAGUGACAGAGUUAUUAUGAUUGGGUCCACAUCCAUGCUAAUGGGUAUGGUUUUGGUUGGAUUGGCAAUGGUUGUGGUGGAGAGUGCUGUUACAUCGAUAUAUAUUUGUUAUGCAGAAGACCCUUUAUUGAUUCAAAGGUGGGAUGCAGAAUUUUUCAACCAGAUGUCUGAGACACUACAUCAUCGACUUCAAUAUAGAAGCGCUCGAGCUAGGGAAGUUUUAACCCACUAUCGACUCGAUGAUGAUCGUAUACGAGAAAACGCAUCUAUUUAAAGAUUCACAUGCAUUGUUUUAUUUUGUUCUACAAUAGUUUAUUUAUGUAGCAUAUUAACAUGGUGUGUUAAAUUAUUAGGAAUAGGAUAAAGUUUCUGGUAGUGUAAUCGACAAUGUUAGAUUGGAUGUGAGUGAACUGAAAAGUGCAUUGUAGUGUAGAGGGAUGAGUGAAUAUAAACUACAAAAUGUACAGUUUGUUUUACUUUUUUACAAAAAUAAAAUAAAUGAAAAGCAAAAGUUAAUUAUUGUGAAUUUA